ACCUUGAUAAAUCAGGCAGAAUGAACAAGCGUGUUGCAGCUGCUCCGGAGAAAGAAAAUCAAAUUCCAAAGCAAGAAACUGAAUGUCCUGAGCAGAAAGGGGAAACUACUCAGUCAUCUAAGAGAACAUAUAAUCAGUUUGAUGAUGCUUGUUUUGGCUCAGAAUUUGGGCUUAACAGCCAGUUUGAUUUUGAUUUCAUCGCACCAAGCCCAAAAACACCAGAGUUUUUAUCACCCAAUGAGAAUUCUCCACCAUAUUUUGAUGACAUCGACGUAGAAGAUUCGUUACCAGAGACUCACACCAGCCAGAAAGAAAGAAUGGUGACAGAAGUUGAUCUCACCAGUGACAGAAUACAAGCUGAUGAAAUCAAGGAAGAUAUUAAUGAAUAUGAUGAGACUAACCUUCAAGAAGAAAAUGUGGAAAUUAAUGAUUUUCAAAGAUCAUCUGCAGAUCAUGAGUUCAUGCAGAAACAAGACAACCAGCUUGACGCAAUGUUUGAAAAAUCCUCCUCAGACUACAUCGCAGUGUUGGAAAGGAUUGCGGAUUCCUUCAAAGCUUUCGACCAUGAUUUUCUACUAGAUCUGUUUGGUGAAGAGAAACACGAACAGUACAAGAAAAACCAAGUUGAAAGGUAA